AUUUAUCACAUAAACAUUCAGAAAUGUGCUCUAGGCUAAAAUCUCAACUUUCGAUGGUGAAACUGGGUUACAAACAGUCUUUACACAAUUUCAAAAAGUUCCCAAUUGUGGUUCUUUAGUAAGAGUUCCUCUCUUUAGUUCUUCCUUUCUAAAGAGACAGAAAAAAAAAAGCCAACUCUCUUCAAACACACACUCCCCACCACCACACGCUCACACACAACGAAAUGGAGACUGUGAAGAGAGGCAAGACCGUCCUCGGCCUGGAAAUCAAUCUGAUUCUCUUUUAUGUUGGUGCUGCUUGUGAAUGUAUAGUCUCGGUCUCUCAACCACAGUAUCUCGAAGUGGACCACACCCAAGAAGCCAUAACCAUUCAGUGUUCCUACUCCCAUGUGGGGUGCCCCGCAGAGCAACCAAGAAGCCUGUGGUUUCGCUAUGGAGCUCACCAGCCGGAGAACCUCUGCUUGGAUGGAUGCACCAGCGAUGCGGGCAAGUUCACAGUGAAGGAAGCCCUGACACAAAAUCAGGUUUCCCUUACUGUGAACAGGGUGACUCUCAACGACAGUGCCAUCUACUUCUGUGGAAUUGUCCUUCCCCUUUCAAAGGAACCAGGAGCCAAGCGGACCGGAGAGGGGACCACGCUGGUGGUGAGAGAAAUGAAGGGACUCCACAGUCUCCUGAUAGCUGUUCUAUCACUGCUCUCUAUCUACAUGACUGUUGUUCUCGGGAUCUUCGUGGUCCUCUCCAAAUCAAAAUCUAACUCUCUAAGAAACAAAGAAACAGAAGACUCACAAAAGGAGAAAGGCAACACUUAUGAAUAAAGAAGAGCACUUUCUAACAUGAAAAGCCACAGAAAUUUUUUUAAUUUUCAAUGAAGUCACUGAAAAUCCAAAUCCAGAAGCCGUGGCAGUGUUAAUGGACACACAGGGCUUUACAAAAACAAUCAUAGGUAAAUGGAAAAGAUAAUUACCUAGAAGGAAGAAUGCCACAGUACAAGAAAAUUAUCACUAGCAGUAAUUACCAAAACUAAAACCCUACAAAAUACAACUGAAAAAUACUUUCCUAAUUUGCCAGGAAAAUUGAGUAGUCUAACAUUUUUUUUUUAUUUUUUUUUUUUAACGUUUAUUUAUUUUUGAGACAGAGAGAGACAGAGCAUGAACGGGGGAGGGGCAGAGAGAGAGGGAGACACAGAAUCGGAAGCAGGCUCCAGGCUCUGAGCUGUCAGCACAGAGCCUGACACAGGGCUUGAAUGCACAGACCGCGAGAUUGUGACCUGAGCUGAAGUCGGACGCUUAACCGACUGAGCCACCCAGGCGCCCCAAGUCUAACAUUUUAAAAACUUCCAUUUUCAUAACACAUAUCCUGUAUUUGUUUCAUUCAACAUACGAGAUGCGUGAUGACCGUUACCCUAAAGAUUAGAGGUCACACUACAUCCCUCUGUCCUGAGUGGAAGAACUGUCUUUGUGAGUGUGAUAGUGAUGGGCCAAUUAAGACUAAGCUGGGAGGGAGGGAAGAAGAUGGAAGCGAGAUGUCAAAAUCGUAAUUAGAGAAACCAUCUUAAAAAAAAAAAGAAAGAAAAGCCAUCUUGAAAAGUACCUUGGAGCAAGUAUUAUUUCUUCUGGUAGAGAACAGAGUAAGAAAAUGAGCUAAAAUAUAGAAGAUCCAACGCAGAAGGUUAGACAGAAAACCUCAGAACCUCAGAACAAAUAAGCCACAACCAACCCUAGGUGUCAGUGUUGUGCCAAGUAACAGCACCAGGGAAGCAGUGGGCAAGGCAAUACUGAUUUUUAACUGAUUUAGGAGGGAAAGAUUCGAUAAGGGGUUGGGUACAGCAAAGAUAUUUAUGGAAUCAUUACCAUCUCACUGAGAAAACAUGCUAUGGAUGGUUCUUUGAAAGCUACCUCAUUGUAGAAAUCUAUUUUAAGUACCCACAUGUGUACAUCUGUUAUUAAAAAUGCAUUAUGAUCUGUUUUUAUUUCAUUAAAGUGUUUCUUUUAAAGUGGUA